GGAGUGUUGAAAAUAUCGCUGCGUUGUGCGCCGCUCUCAGCAACUGGACCUUACACCAAUAUCAUCUUUUGAAGAACGAUUUAGAUCUACAUCACUGUAAGGCAAAUGUUAUAUCGAUACCCUAACCACGGCAACCAACGCACAUUAGAGCUCAAUUGAUAAUGACGUGAAUGACGUGAACUCAAAAUGGCGAAGAAAGGUCAACCGAUUCAACUUCAAAUCGAGGUCAACAAUGACGAAGAAUGGGAUAAAUUGCUUCAGAGAGAUGGGUUGAUCGUUGUUGAUGUGUAUUCCGAUUGGUGUGGACCAUGUUUGGGAAUGCAGGCCAAUUUGAAGAAACUCAAGCUGGAGAUCGGAGGUGAUAUGCUACAGUUAGCAAUUGCUAAAUCCGAUGGAAUAGCCCAGCUGGCCAGAUUCAGAAACAAAAGCGAGCCUACCUGGAUGUUUCUUUCAAAGGGAAAGAUGGUGAAUUUGAUGUUUGGCGCGGACGCACCGAAAUUGACUCGCUUAAUCGUGGAAGAACUCAAAAAGGAGCAACUUACGUUGGAUGGAAAAACUACAGAUCGUACACCUAUAGAUAUUACGGAACUGGCCGAGGAGGAGAAAAUACGUUAUGAUGCUGCCGAAGCGAUCAGAAGGGAGGCCAAGGAAAAGGAGGAGCGGAAAAAGGCGAAGGAAUUGAUGGAAAGACGUACCGCUGAGUGUGAGAACAUCUGCAAAAAUUUGCCCAACUACGGAACCGCCAUCAUCUUUCCUUGCGCCAGGGACAAGUACAAGGAAGUUAUCGGAGAACUGGUCGAUGAAGCCGGAUUGGUGAUAUCGCAAACGGAGAAGGUUAAGAUAACCGUGGAAAUGCUUGAAGAGCUUUUGUAUUUCGCGAACUACAAAUUCCCAGAGAAGACGACAGAAGAUAUCGUCGCGAAUAAGCUGUCUUUCGCGCUCCUUUUCAAAAGAAGCUCCGAUGGGCUCACGGGUUGCAUAGACGACGUGGUCUUGCAAUUGGUGUACGGUAACUCGAGGCGACCGCCUGGGGACGAUAACUCCCCUAGCCAAAAACUUUCUAAGCCAGGUGCGGAACAAAAUUUGCCUGAAGAGGAAGCCCAAGACAAUGUUGUUUUGGGAAUAUGGGCGCCUGGCAAUUGUUUGGCCAGGGCUAUGAUAUUAAAAGUGCUUUUCCCAACGAUUUCCUCCCCUUUCCUACUGCCCGAUGUCAAAGAGGUCCCCGUUCACGUUGCUAUGGCGUUCGACGCAUUCAAGGCCAAAGACGUGAUGGAGUUGUCCGAUAAGUAUCCCGAGCACGUCUUGAGUUACGGAUAUUUUUCCAGUGACGUAGUGGGGGAAGCGAAACUGAUCGCCAAAACGACCGAUAAGUUCGAAAGUCGCACCGCUUCGGCUACAUACGAAGAAAAAUUCGUUAUUCAGCUGGCGAAAAUCGACCCGGAAGUUUUUGCGGCCUUCGAGGAUUUGGGAUAUACUUACAUGAGCAAAGAUGUUGAAAUAGGCGAAAGCGAUUGUAAUUAUUUCUUUCCUGACGAUUACAAUACACCCGAGGCAGAGAUAAUCACGUAUCUGAAGAAGAAGUCCAAGAAGAAAGGAAGACUGGGGAAAUUUCCAAUCAAUUCGGACACAGUUAAAAACGACGUACCGGCCGAAAACGUUAACUCAACGGUCGAUGCCGGACGCGGCGAAGACACGCUGAUUAACGGAGAGGAAAUCAACGACGAAGAGCGCGAUAGCGACGACGAACACGAGAUCGAAGACGAGAAAAAGGCAAAAUCGAUUGAGAAGGAGGAACUAGACAGCAUUGACAAAGCCACGUCUCCUAUAAACCAAGUCUAGAGUCGUCUGUAAACACUGGUUCGCUCUGUGGAACAAAAAUGCUUCUACGGAGUUCGAAGAACAUUUAUAGUCGUCUCGUGAAUGGAGCCGUGCUGUUAUUUUAGAAUAAUUAUGAUAAUUACUGACGUCCGACACAUAAUUUGCUUUAAUAAGGUUGAGACUUGGAAUGCUGAUAACAUCGUUAAAUUCGUACGUGAAUUGCAUAUUUGCCGAUCAAAUGGAUUGAGGAAAAUGUUGAUUUAUGGAAAUCUGUCAAAUAUACCGUCUGCAACACGUUCAUUGAUUAUGAAAUGAAA